GAUAUGGGUCGAGGUAGGGUCGUGCUGGUCUUAGAGCUGGUGAUACUGCUGCUGUUGACCUUGAUGGUGGAUGAUGCAAGCUUGCAGGUCCCACGAAGGCGUACACGCAAUGACAACCGCUGUCCGAGGGUCCGUGCCAUGCGAAACUUUGGGCUGAACGCGAUGAUGGGCCCCUGGUACGUGAUGCAGUACUUCGCCUCGACCGAGCUGUCACCUGAGUACGGCUGCAUGCGCGGUUCGUUCGUCACCUCGGAUGGGUUCGUAACGAUGAACUUCACGUACGUGUUCUUGGACGACCCGUUGGCCACCUUUCAGCAGGGUAACAUCACGUGGAUCAUCCCAGACUACAGCCAACCAGCGCACUGGGUGCACGCAGAGAGCAGCUAUGAGGAAAUCUACAACACGUACGUGAUCGACACGGACUACCGCUCGUGGGCGCUCAUCAUGCAUUGUGCGGAGAAGACCAAAUCCCAGAAGUACCUGUCUGCGCUGAUGCUGUCCCGUGAGCCAACGCUCGGUCAGAAUGUGGUCAACUUCUUACGCGAGAAGCUACCCCGGUAUGACAUCGACGUUGAGAACAUGUACCCGAUUCCACAGGAGAACUGCACCGGGAUGAAUCCGGAAGCGUACGCCUACCAAAUGGUGAACCACGCCCCGUAG